AUGAAGCUGUUUCUCGUUUUCAUGGUUCUGCUGUCUGAGGUGCCCCAAGAUCGGGCGUGGCCCAAAAAAUGCUUUAAUAACGUGUCAGGCCUCUGCAGGAAGAGGUGCAAGCUAGGCGAGAUUUCUGAGAUGGGAUGUCUAAGUGGGAAACUGUGUUGUGUUAAUGAAGGAGAAAACAGGAAGUACCUGGAGGCCCGGAAGCCGCCUGCACGGACCGCCGACAAGUCCGCGGAAGUCCAGGACUACAUCGCGCUCCCCACCACCACGCUCCUCACCACGGCGGCGCAGCCCUGA